UUCCAUUGUUCUUUGCUUUCAAUUAUUCGUCAAUAUGAAGCUAUUGAACACUCGAACCGUGGCAUUGUUCACGCUUCUGUGCGGGUUCUUUACGGACGUCGUCCUUGGCAUAGACUUUCGCAAUGCUCGUCCUCGGCCUGUUCCACCGGCAGAUUUUGAGGCCGCUGCCACCACGAUUCUGAAUGCUACCUUCCAGCAGCUGAUUGAUCAUGAGAACCCCUCGUUAGGGACCUUCAGUCAAUUUUAUUACUAUUCCACUGAAUUCUACAAGGGUCCGGGAAGCCCAGUUAUCUUCUUCACCCCGGGGGAGAUUGCUGUUGUUGGGUAUCAAAAGUACGCAACCACAAAUAGAACCACUGGUGUCAUUGCGCAAGAGAUUGGUGCCGCACUCAUCAUCCUUGAGCACAGAUACUGGGGAUUUUCUUCUCCAUUCCAGGAAUUGACGACCGAAAAUAUGCAAUAUCAGACCUUGAAGAACGCCAUUGCCGACCUCAACCAUUUUGCAUUGACUGCCAAGCUUCCAUUCGACCUUUCUGGUGCUACCAAUGCGGAUAAGGCACCAUGGGUCCUUGUUGGAGGGUCGUAUUCUGGUGCUUUGACUGCGUGGACUGAAAAAAAGACGAGACCUUCAGUCAUGUGGGCUUACUAUGCAAGCUCGGCAGUAGUGGAAACAAUUGGCAAUUACUGGUCUUACUUCCUCCCCGAAACCGAGAACAUGCCCAAGAAUUGCAGCACAGAUAUCUCCCUGGUUAUUGACUACCUCGAUCAUAUUGGCAUGCAUGGUACCGUAAAUGAGCAGACGGUGGCCAAAAAUUUGUUUGGACUCGGAGGGUUAGCCCACUACGAUGACUUCAUGGAAGCGUUGGCCAAUGGACCCUACCUGUGGCAAGGCAACCAAUUCUAUACGAAUAGCGGCUUCUUUGAUUUUUGUGAUACGAUUGAGGGCGUCACUGGUAAUAGUAGCAGGAUCCCAGGAGCGAGCGGUGUCGGUCUGGAAACAGCCCUCAAAGGGUACUCGGAUUGGAUGAAAAAUAAAUUAAUACCGGGCUACUGUGAAUCAUAUGGCUACCCAGAAUUUAAUGGGACAUACAAUGUUGAGUGUUUUGACUCAUAUAACGCUUCUUUGCCUUCGUAUACAGAUAUUAGUGUCGGCAAUACCUACGAUAGGCAGUGGGACUGGUUUCUGUGUAGCGGAUUCGGAUGGUGGCAAAAUGGAGCAAUUCACUCACAGCAAACAAUCGUGUCUCGCUUGAUCCAAAAUCCAUACUGGGAAAGACAGUGUGCUCAGUGGUUCCCGACGGAGAAUGGAUACACAUACCCUCUUAAUGCCGGUGCUUCGUAUCAUACCGCCAAUGCCUACACUGGUGGCUGGACUGGGUUCAUUGACUCGACUCGCCUCGUUUUUGUUUCUGGCACAAAUGAUCCAUGGAGAACCAGUCAAGUCGUCUCGCAGUUCAGACCCGGGGGACCCCAGAAAUCGACCCAAGCUCAGCCUAUCUUCGACGUACCAGGCGGAUAUCACACGAGUGACCUUAUCACCCAGAAUGGGGUUGUAAACCCUGAGUGUGGGGCUAUUCAGGCACAGGUGGUCAAGCAGAUUGUAGAAUGGGUCAACGAAUAUCCCGCGAAGAUAUGAGUCCGGGGGUGCAAGAUCGUACGCACAUGGCAGUCACGUUGGGAUCGAUCUACUGCAUUCUGAGGCAUAAAAAGAGACUUGCGUAUAAAUUUAAUGAAUAUUUCACUUUGCUGGUGAUGUUAGCAAGGACUCGUGGUUUGCGAGAGUUUUCCAAAACCCCGAUUUUUUGUGCGUCGUAAAC